GGUGGCGGAGUCAAGAGAGCCCGAGUUGGCUGGGGCAGGCGAGGUGGACGGCGGCCGGCGGGGCCGGGCCCGGUGGCGGCGGCGAUGGGGACCUCCCCCUUGACCUCCCCUGUGGAACUCCUUUGUCAAACUCCUGUUUGCUCUCCCUGUUCGCUCGCUCUGUUCACUGUCUCUCUGAAAGCUGGCUUGCUUACAUCUCCUCACCUGUAGACCAACUGAGACAGCUCCCUCUGCUCUGCUCUGUUAGGAGUCAGGAAAGAUGAACAAUGAACAGUCAAAAGGUUGCAUGCAAUGAACUCAGAAUGAAACGACGAGUGUCCGACAGAGGAGGUGGGGAAACAUCCACCAAGGCUUUCUGCCCAGGGAUUUCCAGCAGCAACACCAAGCGGGCAGGACCUUUCAUUCUCGGACCUCGCUUGGGCAACUCCCCGGUGCCUAGCAUUGUCCAGUGUUUGGCAAGGAAGGAUGGAACGGAUGACUUUUACCAGCUCAAGAUCCUAACCUUGGAGGACAGGAAUGACAAAGGCACAGAAACCCAAGAGGAGCGUCAGGGCAAGAUGCUGCUCCACACAGAGUACUCCCUUCUCUCCCUUCUGCACAACCAGGAUGGGGUGGUACACCAUCAUGGCCUUUUCCAGGAUCGUGCCUGUGAGCUUGUUGAAGACCUGGAAUCCAACCGGAUGGUGCGAAAGAUGAAGAAGCGUAUCUGCCUGGUGCUGGACUGCCUCUGCGCCCAUGACUUCAGUGACAAGACAGCUGACCUCAUCAACCUGCAGCACUACGUCAUCAAGGAGAAGCGCCUCAGUGAGCGGGAGACCGUUGUGAUCUUCUAUGACGUUGUGCGGGUAGUGGAAGCCCUGCACAAGAAGAAUAUUGUGCACAGAGACUUGAAGUUGGGGAACAUGGUGCUGAACAAAAGGACCCAUCGAAUCACAAUCACAAACUUUUGCCUUGGGAAGCACCUGGUGAGUGAAGAAGACCUGCUGAAGGAUCAGCGUGGGAGCCCUGCCUAUAUCAGCCCUGAUGUUCUCAGUGGUCGGCCAUACCGUGGGAAGCCCAGUGACAUGUGGGCGCUGGGGGUGGUCCUCUUCACCAUGCUCUAUGGACAAUUCCCCUUCUAUGACAGCAUCCCUCAGGAGCUCUUCCGCAAGAUCAAGGCUGCUGAAUACACCAUCCCCGACAGAGAUGGGCGGGUGUCAGAAAAUACUGUGUGCUUGAUCCGAAAGCUGCUUGUCUUGGACCCUCAGCAGCGCUUGACGGCCUCAGAAGUGCUCGACUCCCUCAGCUCUAUCAUCGCCUCCUGGCAAUCAAUGUCUUCGCUAAGUGGGCCCUUGCAGGUGGUGCCCGAUAUAGAUGACCAGGUGGCAAACCCAGAAAACUCACACGAGGCAAAGUUGACGGAGGAGUGUUCUCAGUACGAGUUUGAGAACUACAUGAGGCAGCAGCUGUUGCUGGCCGAGGAAAAGAACACGCUCCAUGAGGCCAAAAGCUUCCUCCAAAAGCGGCAGUUUGGGAACAUCCCUCCUGUGCGGCGCCUGGGCCACGAUGCUCAGCCCAUGAACCCCCUUGAUGCGGCCAUUCUUGCACAACGCUACCUUCGGAAGUAGUUCAUCAAGCCCACCGAUUGCCUGCCGCCCACCUGACGUGGUGCGACAGCAGCAGCCAGGUCCCGGGAUCCCUAAUCAUGUAGCAGUCUUCCCCUGACGGGCCUCACCUGCUGGGGCUUGCCCCAAAGGGGCAAGGGAAAGAUCAACUCUCUGGGAAAACGGCUGGCAGAUUUUAACUCCAAACCUAGACAGCUAAUCUGCUUUUAAUCAUGACUCUGAAAUCUACCUCUCUGUCUCUUUCUAACCACACCGUUCUCUGGACUGAAACGAGGAGUGUCUUUGGCAGGCUUCUUUUCUGAUGCAGAUGUUGAACUGCGGAGACCACAUGGGUUGUGCUUCGCUCGAUAUGGUUUGAAUAAGCUUGAUCAUUUUCCCCCUUCUUCCCUCCUGAUGGGUUUCAUGAAAGUUAACUAUUUCUUAAACCCUCCCCCACCCUUUGUUCUAUUUUUAGUUUAACACCUGGUUUGAAUAUACUUUGUGUAAAAGUUGACUUCAGACCUCUGUGUGACCACAAACUUGGCAAAUGAGUCAUCUUUACUAUGAGCUUCUCGAUGUGAGGAGUGCUGCUUGCAGUUUGUGACGCGGGGAAAGAGUUUCAACCAGGGCUGAUCAAAAUGUAGCUUUUCUGGAGGCCCAAACCUCCCUUUUUCAAUCACUUAAUUACUGUGGAUAUACUGGGAGUUCUAGGUUGGUUGGUUUGUUUUUAAACAGGUAGCUUAUGAAAGGUGCAGUAAUGUUGCAUUAAUUCUGUUGACGUUUCUCUUGCCCCCUCACCCACACUGGUACAGCUGAAGGGAUAAAUCUGUGAUAAUGUGAAAAGGGUUUGCUUGCUUGUUUGUGCCACCCCCACUCCCAAUCUGUCUCAGGUUCAGAGAGACCUGCUGGGUCUCCACUCUUUCCUUCGUCUUGCCACUGUUGUCUUGUCCCAGGCGUUCCACCCUUGGCAUCAGGAAGGGGAAUUUGCCUGAUGCUGUGUAAACAGCAGGUCAUGCUGGGACUGGGCUGGAUUAUUUCUGAGUUCAUUUGAACUGGAUGCCUCUCUUGCCAGAUAAGCCAUUCUCAAGCAACCCUUCCUAGUUUAUGCUGUCCCAGCCUUUCCUUCACCCUUAAUUUUGGAAAGAUGAUAGUCUGAAAACAUGAGGCUUCUGCCUUCUCCCAGUUGAACCACUGGAUGCCUGCAGAGGCACUGGCGGGUCAAGGAAGUGGCACUGACAUGGAAGAAGCUGGACAGGCAGAUGACUUCUUAGCCAGAUGCUGGUAGAAACCCUGAAAUAAAAUCCUCACCAGCGCAGAACAAUUUCCUGAGUGAGUGUGUUUACAUAAUUGAAAGAGAAGUGCAAGUAGAGGGUUCAGCCCCUUCCCCAUGAAGGAGUGCUUUUCUGCCAACAAGACCCACAAAAAAAUUCUGGAAAUCCUUGUUUUCCCCCUCUCUUUUUUAAAAAAAAUGUGUAAACUUUUUAAAGGACCUCGGUGCCAGAUCUGCUCCCCUCCCCUUCAUGGGUCAGAACCUGCUUGGGUCAGUCUCUGGCUUUCUCAUUGUUGCCAAGCUGGACAAUGCCAGGUAGCAAUGGGAAGAAGGGACCUGGACCAUUCCUUUUGCGCCCUUGCCAGGGGAUGGAGGUUUAAGGCUUUCUCCUGGCUGCCCCAAGGUCACCAGGCCUCCCGGCAGUCUUGACCAGGAAAGGCAACAGAAGUGUGUCUGAAGCAGCAUGAGUUGCCUCAGCUGUGUGGAUCCAGACUCGGACAGAGAUGGGAUCCAUGGGCACUAAAAGGUUUGGCUGAGGUGGUGGUUAUAGUAAAUUUGGGCUCUCCAGGUGAGCCAGCAGCUGGCAGUCCCUUGCUAUUGUAUCUCAGGGCACAAUCUCCCUGGUGACUUUUGGGGUUGCUGCUGGUAGUGCCAUAGCAGCCCACAGGGGCAUGGGAAGAAUCCCUCAAGCUGGGAGGUAGAUAUUUUCUCCACUUAAAAAAUGAAUUGCCCCUCUUAGCCACUGAACCUUACAGGCAGAGCCAGCACUUGUCAAAAAGGAACCAUUUGCUGCCAGCAGGUCUGCUGAUCCCCAUCUUGCUCUUCCUCUCUGUUCCCUCUACAGCUUUCCAAGUGCGCUGGUCCCAGCUGACAUGUUUUCUUAACAAUAUUGGGAUUGGGGGACAGCCAGCCGAAAGCACAGAGUGACAAGUGGGGGCUGCUCAGGGUACAGCCUGCACCACGAUUUAACCUAAAAAGCAAGUCUGUUCUCCACUCUGGUAGCAGGAGGUUUCUGUGGACUUUAGAGGGACCAUAGAUUCUGCAGGAGGAUGUAUAAGUAGCGAUCCUCUGAAUCACUGGGGAGUGCAGAUUCUUUCUUGCCCCCUCAGGAACGUGGGCAGAACAGACUCCAUUCUCUCCUCUCCUUCCCCCAUAUCAACCACCUUCCCCACCAGCACUGGCUGUGUGUUUUGUAUUGGCCAUCCUCGCUAAAGAUAGCAAUACUGAACUCCAGACUGUAAAAGUGAGUGUUCCACCCAGCUGUUAACGGUAUGACAUAAAGCAAACUGGAAGGGAUGGGGGGGGAUGAAACUCAGCGUGAGUGUCUGGGUUUUGUCUUUGUGGAUAACAAGCUGCGCGAGGCACCAGGGACAAAGAUCCUAUUGUAAAAAUUGCAAAGAGAAUUUGUAUAGAUACCUAUUUUUGUAUUACAUCCAACAAUUCCUGCAUGUCAGCAAUAAAAUUUCAUAAUGUAGAA